AUGUCACCCCAAACUCCGCAACACGUCACCAUCGAAUGGUCCAUAGCCCAGGUCGACGGGGUCGACCUCGCAGGACCAUCGUCUUCUUCUCUCGCCCGUGAAGGUUCCACCCAGUUCCCCAUCAAUUUCAACGAUUCCUCGGAUCCCCAGCGGGAAUUAGGCGAUAACAAUAACGAUCGGACGUCCACCUCAACCUCAAACGUUGAGACCCCUCCCGUUCAAGUAUACAACACCUCAGACUCUCCCCACUACACCGCACUCCUCACCUCCCUCUCAUCCGCCAAAGAUACCCUCAACGCCCGUCUGACCGAAUGGAAGGACGUCAUCGGGGACAAGGAAAAGACGAAAGAGGUCCUCCCACCGGGCACGGCAGGGCAGAAGGGGAUGGGGAAGGCGAUGAUGAUGGUACAGGCUGCGAAGCAGACGGAUGGGAGGGCAGGGGAAAGAGCGGAAGAUAGGGCGGCUUUGGUAGGGUCGGGAGGGGAGUCGGGCGGUUCUGCGUCAGGGAUAGGAGGUGCUGCAGCAGGUCUGCCGACGGAUGAUCAAGAGUCGGACGAGGAUGAUGAUGCGGAUGUGGCAGCGGUCUUGGGGGAGGAGGAUUAA